AUGUCAUCGCCAUUCCCAAAAUCGCUGAAAAAUUACCUCUCAAAAAUCACAAGCCCUAGCAAACAAUCCCCCCUGAGACGGCAGAAAACGCCGUCGAUCACCGCCGGCGACGGCGGUGAUCUGUCGGAUGUCGACAAAAGCCUAUUCGAGGACUUCGGAUCGCUCUACCGAGAGGAGUACGAAGAAGGAAGGUCGGUUCCGCUGGAUUCGCUCCGCGGAUCGGGGCGGUUUUUCGUGGAAACCGGCUCGUCGAGGAGCUCGCGGAUAACCGACGACAUGUUCUCCUCCUCCGCCGCCGCAUCCCCUACGAACGAGGCCUCGUCGACAUCGGAGGAGCAGGCGGGCGGUGACUUGGCGCCGGAGGAUUUCGCGGUGCUGCAUAUGGACGCGGCGGAUCCGUACGAUGCCUUCCGGCAGUCGAUGCUGGAGAUGGUGGAGGCGAGGAUCGAUCUUAAUCGGAGUGUGGAUUGGAAGUUUCUAGAAGAGCUGCUGUUUUGCUAUUUCGAUAUGAAUAAAAGGAAAUCUCGUAGGCAUAUUCUGCGUGCUUUCGUUGAUGUGGUCGUGUUUUUGAGACAGAUCUCCGGCGAAUCUGCGGAAAGUCUGCCGCCGGUGGAUAAUGGAGAUUUGGAUGAGGAGAUGUAA